UCAACUGUUUCCUUUAUUCGUCUCUGCCCUUGAUUUCGUUCACUCAUUGCCUUGUCUCCAUCCUCAAUCAAGUCUCAUUUGCUCAUCUCUUUCAACGAUCAUGCCUCCUUUGCUUGUGCACUUGUCUCGUACGUCAACUUUUCUUAUUUCCUGGUGUCCUUUCCUCAUCACCUUCCUCAAUCUGGUCCCUCUCACUCAUCUUCUUCUCCUAUGUUGUCUCCUUCCCUCAUUCUUGCCAUCUUCACUCAUGUAUUUUCUUAAUGUUUCCUUUUUCACUUGUAUCCUUUUCAUCUUGUCUGUUUCCUCCAUUUGCGUCCUUUACUCAUCUCCUUGAUGUGGUCACUGCCUCCUUCGCUUGUCUCUUUGUCUGCUUCAUGUCUUUCCUUCCCAUCCCUCGUUGCCUCAAUUUUCUCUUCACUCAUUUUUGCCUCCUUCACUUGAAUCCUUUCUUCCUUCGUGUGUCUUCUAUGCUUGUCUCAUUGCCUCCUUCACUCACCUGCUCCACUAAAUGGUGUCUCCUUCACUCAUUCUUGCCCCUUCACUUCCAUCCUUGUUUGUUUGUGUGUAUUUUGUGUACAUUAUUUCCUGUCUCUCCGUCUCCAUGUGUCUCCUUGUUUCCUUCACUCAGUUUAUUUUCCUUACUUCAUUUUUGCCUCUCUCACGCAGGACCUUUUGCUUGUCUUCUCAUUUCCUUUCUCCCUUCACACUGUUUCUUGUCUCCUCCUCGUGCCUCCUUGACUUAAUUUCAUCUCCUUUUGCACGUCCUAGGUCCGUUUACUAGUCUUCUCGUUCCCUUGCUAUGUUUCCUUUGCUCCUCUUCCUUGACCUACAUCUCCCUCCUCCUCGUGGCUGUAGUGGUAGUCGUCGUUAACCUCCUCUUCCUUCUCCUCCUCCUCCUCCUCCUCCUCCUCCUCCUCCCCCUCUUCCUCCUCCUACUCCUCCUAGUCCUGAAGCUACCUCGUGUAAUUUUGAGGUUGCAGUCUAAUUCCAACUUGUUCGUGUUCGACUGCGCACUUGUUUUUAGUUUGUCACUCGGAUACCGCGGCAGCUUCGCUUAUUGACGGACAUCGGCAUGACUAUCCAGCAGCAAAGAACGUUUCUUUCUCUCUUUCUCGUUCUACACGUCUGGAGCGUGUGGUCCGAUGUGGAGGUGACUACGCAAGACCACUUUGAAGUGUACCUGGGCGACUCUGCUGAGAUGGUGUGCCACUAUAACUUCACUGAAAUCGACGGUGAACCCGAAUUUCUCAUGUUCCAGUGGUUUGUGAAAGAAAAAAACAGCGGGUCACGGAUUCGCAUCUACUACGCUGCUGACAACAUUGUUAUCGUGGACCCAGGGACCGAGUACACUGGUCGCAUCCAGGUGACUUUUGAUCAGCACAAAAUUCAGCUUACCAUCCUGGAGGUGGAGCUGUCCGACAACCGGGAGUUCAUCUGCCAGGUGAACGGUCUGUCGGACGGCACCAUGGAGCGCAGGCCUCACCUACGGGUGUUUGCUCCCCCAGAGGCUCCAGUCAUCACAGGUGUCCAAACGGGAAUAUCCGUGACUAACGAGAUGCCCUCUAAGGUGGCAACAUGUGAGGCUCACAACGGUUUCCCCAAAUUCAACAUCACCUGGUACAGAAACAACAUGCCUCUGGUGUCUUUAGCAGGACUUGUGAAUGUGUGGACCAGCUACAUGGUGGAAUCCAGAGGCAUGUACUCGGUGCAAAGCACCCUGGAGUACCAGGUAGUCAAGGAGGACAAAAACGCUAACUUCUCCUGCGAGGUCAGCUUUUUUGUGCCCGGCGCCAUCAGGACCGUCGAGUCCAGCAGCGUCGGCAUCACCAUUCACUACCCACCCACCAUGGUGGAGCUGUGGAGGGAGUUGCCUCAGGGAUUGGUCAAAGAAGGGGAUAUUGUCGCACUACGUUGCCAGGGCGAUGGGAACCCCAUGCCGACCUUCAUCUUUUCAAGGAAGGAAGAGCCCAAUGUGGAGUUAGACAGCCGUGGCAACGUGUUAACGCUGCAGGCCGUGUCACGCAGAGACGGCGGCGACUAUGUCUGUCGACCUCGGGACACCACCGUACCCAAAGAGGUCAAAGGAGAAAUGCAACUUACUGUGCACUACCUUGACCCUGCUGUGGUUGUACCCAAAGAAUCUGAAGUCAUGUUAAAAGGGGAAGAUUUGACUGCGUCAUGUAAUGCUCUGUCCUCCGAGCAAACAUCCGUCGUCUGGUACAAGGAUGGCAAGAUGGUGGGUCGAGGAAACAUGCUCCACUUGCAGAACGCCACUUACGAAACGGCUGGAGAGUACAUUUGCAAGGUGACCGUUCCCUCCGUGCCCGCCCUGCACACCAGCGGCUCCGUCCACAUCGUUGUCCACAGUGGUCCUCAGCUGGUGGGCAAGACGCAGGAGGUGCAUCUGGAGGAGGCAUUGGGCCGGAUGGUCAACCUGAGCUGCGAGGCACGUGGCCACCCUGCACCCAGCAUCACGUGGAUCUUCGGUGGUAGCCAGAGCUGGUACGAGGUGUUCAGCAAGUCUACCGACCACAUGACGCACAGCGUGGUUUCUGUCACCGUUAAAUCGGACAUCUUUGCCAUGUGCAACACCUCCAACGACCUCGGCAAUGACGUCAGAGCUUUCAGUAUCAAAGCCAUUCCCCUGGUCACCACCAGCGCUCCCUUCUCUCCCGCAGAGGGCAGCGGCGUAAUCUUCGUGGUGAUCAUCCUGUGCCUUCUGCUGCUGGCCAUCCUGGGCAGCCUGCUCUACUUCCUGCUGAAGAAGGGCAAGAUCCCGUGCGGACGCUCAGGGAAGCAGGACAUCUCCACAGAGAAGACUGCCAAAGAUGACAUCGUGGUGGAGAUGAAGGAGAACGCCAACGCCAAGAGUGAGGACACGGUGCUCCUCAAGGCCAUCAACCCAGAAAAAAACGGAACAAACGAUCAGAAUGUCUAUGCACGGAGACCACAUCAGCAGUGCACAUGUGCAGCUUAGAGGGAACAUUGAUCACGACAACAAGAUAAUGUCUCUGUGUUUUUCUAGUAAAAGUGAGCAUGCGUUGGCAGUGGAGGAGCUGAUCUGAGACGAGCAGGGACUCCAAUCAUACGCUACAAGUAUAUCUGUAUACACACGUACACACACAAAGUUGUCUUUUGAGCAAACGUGUUCUGUUUUCUGUUUCAUCAUUGCUUUGCCAUCAAAAUGUACAUAUUGUAUAUAUAUUUUUUUUUAUUUAAGGUAUUUUCAUACAUAGGUACACACACUUACACAAACAGGGAACUGUUACAAACUGCUGUCAAGCCCCUUUCUCCUUUUCCCUGUACUGUUUGUAAAUAUGCCAAUGGAUUGUUGCCGGGCAGAUUUCAAAGAGGUUCGCAAUCUGCUUUGCCUCUUUUUGGUUUGGAGAUUUCUGCUGAAUACGCUACAUGUGUUUGUAUGUAUUUUGUGUGCGUGUGUGUUGUGUUGUGUCGUGUUGUGUUUGACCAGUUUUUUUGUAUACUUUUUACAUUUUUCUCAAGCGUGGUCACAUUCUUACAUACAUAAGCGUGAGUGGAAAUAAUUUCGGUUCUUUCAAGAGAAGAUCUCAUUUUGAUGCAGGCACACUAGCGCCCCCCGCUGGGCUCAUUUUGUGAAUAUUGUUUGUGUGUGGGGGGGGUGAACAUUACUUUUUGAUAGAGCUUUCCAUUGAUGGGGGAGGUAUGCUCUGCUGUGUUCCAAAAAAAUGCAGACCAGGGAAUAUAUUGUUCAUGUUUUUCUCCCUCCCCCCAAAAGUUUGUAAAUUAAGUGCUAUACAUGUUAUUCUUUGAUGCCUGUUUUUUAAUGUUUUUUUUUUUUCAAGAAAAUGUGAAAUAAAAACU